AAGGAGAGAGGGCACUCUCUGGUGUUUUUUUUAUUAUCGUUUCUCGUUUAUUUCUCGAAUGAUUUCGCGUCGAUUAAAAUUGCAAGAUCGUCAAUUUUCAUAUUAAUUUUACAACACACUAGGCUGUGUUCACAAUGUGCAAUUCAUGGCUAUCGAUCCCCAUGAAUAAUGAGUUUAAGAAAGAGGAGUGUACAUGUAUAUAGUUAAUUAUUAUGAAACCCGCCAGAUGAUCAACCGCAUAGCGUUUUGCUACUAUUUUUUCACCUGAAAGUCGUGUUGGAGCCCAUACUCUUCAGGAACUCGUCUAAGGUAUUGACUGCUAGGUGCGGACGAACUCGUGAUUUUAUUUACUUGAUGCAUCAUCUCAAUAUCAGAAGCUGUGUGAUUUACCCCGAGACACAGAAAAAAGAGAGAGAUGGACGAUGUCAAUGGAGAGAGCGAUGGUGGUGGAAGAAUGAGUAGUCAGGAGAAGGAGGAGGAGCAGGAGAAGGUGAAGAAGGAGGGAGGGCACGCGGCGUGUCUCCCAUGCCCACUUCAAAGCCACAUAUGCGUGAUGCUGAAUCUAGCCAAGCUCCUCCACCAACGUGCAGGCUUUCGCAUCACCUUCGUCAACACCGAGUUCAACCGUGCCCGCUUACUCAGGUCUGACCCUUCUUUCUUCUCCACAAGUCUUGAUGAUUUCCAAUUUGUUACCAUCCCAGAUGGCCUCCCACCUCUCUCCGAUCUAGAUGCGACCCUCAUGGCUCUUCCCUUCUCUCACCUCGUCGCCACUCUCCUCGAAACAUCAUCAGAUGAGUCCAGAGGCGUUUCUUGCAUCCUCUCUGACAUUUUCAUGUCGUUCACCGCCACUCCUGCGGCUCAGCAGUUUAACAUCCCUCUACUCUUCGUUUGGACCAACUCUGCUUCUUCCUUCUUGGCCCCCAAACAUUAUCGCGCCAUCAUGGACAAGCUGCGUCCUCUUUCACCCCCUAAACAUGCUAGCUCUUCUGAAGCAAAUACUUUCAUGGAUACGGUCAUUGACUGGAUUCCGGGCAUGAAGUGCAUGAGGGUGCGCGAUCUCCCAAACUCCUUCGGCACCAAGGAUGGCGACGAUGAUUUCGUGCUCAACGCUUGCCUGGAAGUGGUUCAGAAUAUUGUCGAUCGCAAUCCCACUCAUCCCAUGAUCGUCAAUACCUGCGAAGCCCUGGAGCGAGAUGCUCUCAAAGAGCUCUCGUCCAUUUCCACUCCCAUCUACUCUAUCGGCCCACUCCAUCUCCUCAAUAAAGUAGUAGAUGUUGAUGAUCGGAGUCAUGGGCUGAAGCAAAUCAAGGGCCACUUGUGGAAGGACAACGCAGAGUGCCUUGAGUGGCUCAAUUCCAAAGAAUCUAAAUCAGUAUUGUACGUGAGUUUCGGAAGCGUAGCAUUCUUGCUCCGAGAACAGCUGGUGGAGUUCGCAAUGGGACUUGCCAAUAGUAAGCAACCCUUUUUGUGGAUAAUUAGGCCGGACCUUGUGAACCAAGGAGACAAUACUAGUGCUAAUCCUGUUCUUCCUCGUGAGUUUCUUGAAGAAACCAAGGGGAGAGGCUUCAUCUCUGGAUGGUGCCCACAAGAGGAAGUGCUCAACCACCCUUCAAUCGGAGGGUUCUUGACUCACUGCGGGUGGAGCUCGAUAAUGGAGAGCAUGUCAGCCGGAGUUCCCAUGCUGUGUUGGCCAUGCUUUGGGGACCAGAAGGGCAAUUGCAGAUACGUAUGCAGUGAGUGGGAGAUCGGUCUGGAGAUUGGAAAUGGUGUGAAGAGAGAUGAUGUGGAGAGCUUCGUUAGAAAGCUCAUGACUGACGAUGGAGAUGAUAAUGAGACGGGGAAGAAGUUGAAGAAGAGGGCCGUAGAGUGGAAGAGGAUCGUACAUGAGGCUGCCCUUGGCUCUUCCACUUCGGAUUUUAAGAAGCUGGUGAAUUACCUUACUUCUCUCCAAAAUUAAUUAUGAAUACUAUAGUACGUGGAGAAUUCGGAUUGGACUCAAGCCUCAAGUUAAGGAUGUACUAUAGUAAUUUCCUUUGUAGCAAAAAGUUAGGCAAAUCACUGUUCAUAAUAAUUGUUUAUAUCAUUUAGAAUAAUGUCGGUUGGAAUUCCCGGAGCCUGUGAUUGUCAUUUUUAAAACCCAUGAGGAUGUUCUUUGUCUUGUGUGACGUCUUGAGGCCUAUAAAAGGCAAGGAAGAUGUAACGUCUAGGGCAAAGUCCUCUUAAGUAAAGUGUGUGCUUAUGAAAA